UGGCUUGAGUGGCCCGGGGUGGGUGACCUGAAGUUGUAGCCUCGCUGCUCUCGAGGCGGAUAAUUAGCCCAAGAAACACUAUAUUCAUGCUUAGGUGGAGAAAAGCAGGGCUAGAAUUGGAAUCCAAAGCCCAGGAUGGCAGGAGAGGAUGUGGGGGCUCCACCCGAUCACCUCUGGGUUCACCAAGAGGGUAUCUACCGCGACGAACACCAGCGCACGUGGGUGGCCGUCCUGGAAGAGGAGACGAGUUUCCUAAGGGCACGAGUUCAGCAAGUUCAGGUUCCUUUAGGUGACGCAGCCAGGCCAAGUCACCUUCUCACCUCCCAGCUACCUCUCAUGUGGCAACUCUACCCCGAGGAGCGCUACAUGGAUAACAACUCUCGCUUGUGGCAGAUCCAGCAUCAUUUAAUGGUCAGGGGAGUACAGGAGCUGUUGCUUAAGCUUUUGCCUGAUGAUUAAUCUGGUGCUGGGAUUCUAGGAAGAUAUGCCCCUCUGUUCUGUUCAGUAUAUGGCAAUCACGUCAUCCACCACUGCAGUGCACCCACCUGUG